UUUCUCCUUGGAGAUGUGAAAGGUGAAGCCAAGAACAGCAUUACUGACUCACAAAUGGAUGAUGUUGAAGUUGUUUAUACAAUCGAUAUACAGAAGCAUAUUCCAUGCUACCAGUUGUUCAGCUUUUAUAAUUCUGCAGGAGAACUGAAUGAACUUGCCCUGAAGAAAAUACUAUCAGGCUGUAAGAAGAGUGUAAUAGGAUGGUACAAAUUCAGACGUAACACAGACCAGACCAUGACAUUCCGGGAAAGACUUCUUCAUAAGAAUUUACAGUCACACCUAUCAAAUCAGGGCCUUGUAUUCCUUUUAUUAACCUCUAGCGUGAUGACAGAAACUUGUUCUACUUACAGACUGGAACAUGCCUUACAUCGGCCACAAGAAGGUCUUUUCCAGAAAGUUCCUUUGGUGGUUACCAACUUGGGUAUGGCAGAACAGCAAGGUUACAGAACAGUGUCUGGUUCCUGUGUAUCUUCUGGUUUUGUGAGAUCAGUAAGACAACACAGGUCAGAAUUCUUUUACGAAGACGGAUCCUUACAAGAGGUUCAUAAGAUAAAUGAGAUGUAUGCCACCUUGCAGGAGGAACUGAAGAAAAUAUGCUCUACAGUAGAAGCCAGUGAACGAUCUGUAGAGAAACUCUUAGCAGAGGUGAGCCAAUUAAAAGAAGAAAUAAAGAGGAAAAAGCAACAAAGUUGUUCUGGAGAAGACAGAGACUACUCAGGAGAGCCAAAGGAGAACAUUCUCCUUUGUCAGGCACUGCAAACAUUUUUCCCCAAUUCUGGACUUCAGACAUGUGUUGUUUCCUUUAAAGGCCGACAGAUAUCUAAGAACUGCUGUAACAUUGACCAUAAUAUUAACGUCCUGGACAAACUGACUCUCAUGGUAGAGGAAAGAGACUUCACUGAAGCUGAAACAAGACACUUAACCAAGCGAAAAGUCAGAGGGACCACAACAGGGUCAAAGUCAUUCAAGAAGUCCAGAUCACUGCAGCUUCACCAAAAAUUACUUCAAGACCAAGAGGACAGCGACCAGGAAAGGAAGCUUAUGCUGAGUAGCACUGAAACAGAUGAGGAUAUGUUGGAAAAAAUUAGAGACACAAAUGAAUACCCACACUCUCCUACUUUCUGAUCUGUUAAUGAUUUUCCAGAUGACUUUGCACCAAAAGCUACUGCCAGCAUAUUAAAGUGACAUACCAAUUUAUAGCACUGCAGGGACAAAAAAAACAAAUGCAUUUUUGCAAGA